ACACUAUAGCCUGUUAGGUUAGACACUACUCAGUGGUUGCAUGCCUCACAGUUAACUGACUUCCUUCCAAUUCACAUAGACUGAGCAACACCCUAAACAGAUGAAAAGCUACCAAUUUCACUGGUAAGUCUGCAUUUAUAAUCUGAUUUUAAACUGUAUUGUUCGGGACAUGGCAUAAUGUUAAUCCUCCAAAAUACACAGAUUUUAAAUUUUUUAUAUAAUUGAAGUGAUCUGUAAUGACUAUCAAAGAAACAUUAAAAUUAAAUGACAGACUUCUUACACACGAAUGUGCUCAGAAUGCAAAGAAUUGAACAUUCAGUGCAAGAUUAUUUGGGCCAGUUAUUCUCAGCAGAUAAAAUGUACGUUUGUGUAACUUGGUAAAGUGUAACAGAAAUGAUCAGAUUAUGAUGUAGCUAUCAUAAAUGAAACUUCUAAUAAAUUGUAUGUCUUUAAAAGGAAUAUUAUACUAGCAAUUUAUGAUUUUCUGGUUCUUUGACAAUGUCAUAGUAAUAUAUUGAAAGAGCAUUAGAGAAAUCAUAUUUUCAAAUACACGGAAUGCAUUCUUGCCUAGUCAGAAAUUCACUUACAGCCUUGCGGUGCAUUAAAUACAUAACAUAGAAACAUUGAAUGUGACGGCAGAUAAGAACCAUUCGGCCCAUCUAGUCUGCCCAAUUUUCUAAUACUUUCAUUAGUCCCUGGCCUUAUCUUAUAGUUAGGAUAGCCUUAUGCCUAUCCCACGCAUGCUUAAACUCCUUUACUGUGUUAACCUCUACCACUUCAGCUGGAAGGCUAUUCCAUGCAUCCACUACCCUCUCAGUAAAGUAAUACUUCCUGAUAUUAUUUUUAAACCUAAUUUAAGACUAUGUCCUCUUGUUGUGGUAGUUUAUCUUCUUUUAAAUAUGGUCUCCUCCUUUAUUGUGUUGAUUCCUGUUUAUGUAUUUAAAUGUUUCUAUCAUAUCCCCCUGUCUCGUCUUUCCUCCAAGCUAUACAUGUUAAGAUCAUUUAACCUUUCCUGGUAAGUUUUAUCCUGCAAUCCAUGGACCAGUUUAGUAGCCCUUCUCUGAACUCUCUCUAAAGUAUCAAUAUCCUUCUGAAGAUACGGUCUCCAGUACUGUGUACAAUACUACAAGUGAGGUCUCACCAGUGUGCUGUACAAUGGCAUGGGCACUUCCCUCUUUCUACUGCUAAUACCUCUCCCUAUACAACCAAGCAUUCUGCUAGCAUUUCCUGCUGCUCUAUUACAAACAAGAGUCCUGCGCAUCUAGUAUAGGUGUGCAAAUCCAGGUGCUACGACAAUCGAUUUGAGGAUAAUGUUAAAGCAGCAAACGCUUCAGGUAGCAGCCCAUUCUCAAUUCUCAUCAGCAUUGAGAAAGGGCUGCUGCCAGAAAUGUUUGCUGCUUCAAAUUGGUCCUCAAAUAAUUUGUGGUAGCACCUGGGUGUGCACACCUAUACUGGAUGCGCAGGACUCUUGUUUGUUUUUUGGUUGAAUAUAGACUGUUGGGACUUCAGUGUGGAGUAUCUGCAGCACAGGUCUAAUUUACUUUGUUUAUACUUUGCAUUUUGUAGGCAUUUUUUGCCUCUACCUCACCCUAUAUAUAGUGUGCAUUAAAUACAUACUACUAAGACAAUAACAAGUUUAAGACUGGUGGCAUUUAUUAUGAUAUUGGGGAGUAUGUUUGGUUGGAUUUUUUUUUUUAAAUAAGGCAGAUAAUGAAAUGGUUGAAAAACAAAGGAAAAAAUAUUAUGGCUGUCAAAUAUAAAAGUGUCACUUGCCCAUCAUUUUUAUUUUAUCUACUUAAUUUAAUAAUGAUAUCAAAAAAGGAAUGCAUGUCAAACUAAAAGGUAUCUGCCCUUAUUUUUUCUAUUAUCCUUUUUGACAUAAUGUACUGUGAUAAUGUCAUAGAUAGCACUUUCUCAGUCAGUGCAAAACACUAAAGUGUUCUUUUAAUGCAAAAAACAAUAUUAUCACUUAAAUAUUUGUACUACAACUGCUCAUAACUCUCCAAAAAUCAAUAGAAAACAAAAUCAUAAAUUUGUUGGAGAAAAGGCAGCAACAAUCUGGCGACAUGUUCUAUGUUCUAUAAGUGUUUACCAAUUAUUACUGCUAAUUGUUAAGUAAUGUUUUAUUCACCUGAUAUGGUCUUUAUGUAGUCUUUGUUUUUUUUAAAAGAUACAAGAUAGCAUAUACCGCACAGGAAAUGUGUAAUUCCCGAUAGAGCAUUAAUUGCAAGACAAAAUUUAAGGUUCUGUCAAUUACGUGUUUGGCGUCUAGUUAAAGAAUAGUUUAUAUCUAUUGUUAUGCUAAAUAAGUUGGCUAAAAGAAAGUGUCCAUGAUCUUUAGUGCAUUGGACAUUGUGAGCCCUUUCCUGUUUUCCCUUUCCUGUUGUUUAGAUCUUUUUAUUGUCUAUAGUCUAGUGUUUUUGUUAAGCUUAUUUGAAGUUAUGUAUUAUACGCACAUGAAAAGGACGAAGCAUCAAUUGGUGAAGCAUUAACAUAUUUUGAAUCAAUAAAACAAUAUUGCUUAUGACACUUACUUUACUAUAACAGUUUCAUAUUAACUAUAAAAUGUGAACAAGUGCUUUCACUCCCUUUAACACCCAUAUGUCUCACACUUUAUAUUCUUUGCACUUUUCUCUAAAGACAAGAUGACCCAAAUGUCCUUAUAUAGUAUAAAUAUACAUAUCUACAUUGUGUAUAUUUUUCAAAAUAUCUUUGUGAAAUACCCACAGGACAUAUUUAAAACUAACAAAGAAAUUAAAAUACAAGAGCCUGCAAGAGUUUAUUCACAAAUAGAGAUGUCGCGAACCGUCCGCGAACUUCUCGCGAACGGUUCGCCACGGUUCGCCACGAACCGUUCGUGGCGAACUCCGGUCAGCUGACACAUCCCGGCCAAUCUCCAGCAGACCCUCCCUCCCAGACCCUCCCACCUCCUGGACAGCAUCCAUGUUGAAGCUGCGGACGGUUCGCGACAUCUCUAUUCACAAACACAGAUUUGUUGUUGACAGAUGUAGUGUACAAUUUAUUUUAACAGGGUUAUUCACUAAUUUGAGGAUAAAAUAGCCAAACUUAACGCAAAGUUGAACUGGAGAAUAUUUCAGAUUUAGCAAUUCUGUUUUAUAAUUCCACAUUCCCUUUUAGUUAACUUUAUUCCUUGUAAUCCACACUUUAGUAAAUAACAAUGUAAGCUAGUCAAGCUGUGGGUGUAGCUGAGUUGGAAAAACUGAUUUAACAGCGUAGCAUACCUAGCCAGCCUCCACGUCGAAUCACUUCAAUUUUGGAGAGGGCUAAUCUUGUUUGAACGUUGUCGUAAAUUUUUUUUUGCAAAUCCUCUGAUUCCAGUGAAGGUUGCUAACACCUCCACAGUAUUUUAUGGUUUCCAUAAGAGAUUCCUAUGGCAGGCAGCUGUGUGUAAUACUUGUGAUCAAGUUUAUUUGCACAUACCAUUCUAGUGAUUGUAAGCACAGGUUGUUGGACAUUAUGCUUGUCAUGGUAGAAUUUAUUCUUUAUACUGCAUAUUUAAUAAACGUUUGAGCGUUUUUUUGACGAAUCCAUCUUAUCUGCACUGAAUUCUGUUAGCAGGCUACUAUUUGAAUAAAUUGUGUUUAGCUCAAACGUCUGGUCAGAACCUCAAAUACAUUUUCUAAUGUUUUGCUAAAAUCAAUAGUACCUACACGUGGGCAAGACAUAACUCCAAACAUUUCACAUCGACAAAUAGGGACACUUUAGGGGUGCAACUGGGGUAUGGCCAGGAGCAGGGCUGUUCUGAGACAUUUUAGGUGACUUACUAAUAACGAUUUAUGUAACUGCAAUGAAUUUUCUAAUUUUUUUUUUUUUGCAAUUUAAAGACACAUUACUGAGUAUUAUUGCUGUUUUGCUCUCUUAUUUACUCACAAACACCAACAAUAUGUAGUUCCUAGAAAAAGGGACAUUAGGAUAGAAAAUAAGGACAUAGGAAUCUGUGUCCAAAAUAGGGAUUGUCCCUUCUAAAUAGGGACACUUGACAGAUAUGAACACGCUCACUACAAAAAUGUAGUAUAACUCUAUUAAGAUAACAUAUAAACACAAGACUCUAACAAACAAAGCCUGAUGCUUUAGUCUUGCCAUUUUUGUUAGGUCACAACAUAAUAUAAUUACUUUUGGUAGUUGGGCAUAUUGCUAGUAUCUCAAUUAAGAAUGGUGGUUCAUUUCUCCCACUGGUCAGUAGUUUCCAGAGAAAGAUAACUGCAGAGGGCAUGUAAAUAAUUAGGGUUCUUAUGAACUUGCCAACUGGAUGCCGGGGAUGUCAAACCCUAUUGAUGAGAUCUAUGGCACCCACCAUCUCAAGUAAAUUCUUAUCCAUUUCAAGACUUCAGUUUUUCCUAUGGCUUUUUAAACUCCUCUUUCUUAUCAAUGCCCCGGGAAGUCCCAUUUAACAUAUCUGGCUUUUGUCAUAAGGGUAUUAGUAAACACUUUCUCUUUAGUUCUUGGAAAUUAAUAUUAACUAGAAGGGUUUAAUGACUGUUGUCAAGAGAAAUCUGAUUUUUAUUCAACAAUGGUUUAGAUCUCUGCUUUGUAUAGAUGUUAGGAUGGGAAAUAUAAUUAUUUGGAUGUACAUCUAUGGAGAUGCAUAUUAUGUUUUGUAGGAUUUUUAAUUAAUUGAACUAAAAAAUACCUCCUGGCACUGGAGGCUGGAUUACAAUCAUGGAUUACGUCGCAAUGUCCUGCUCUUGUCCUGCUAUGACCUUGAGCAGAUGUUAAGGCAUUUAAUGACAGGCUCUCACUUACAUUUUUUGGGCCUAAUACUUUUGGUGGCAUUAAGGACAAAAAAAAAACCUCUGAUAUGGUGGACAGGGAAAUCCCAAAUCUGGAUUGUCCUAGUGAAUAUAGGAUUCUUGGUAUCUAUCCUGAAAACAGAUUUUUAGCACAUACUAAUAGGCAAUCAGUUUUUGGCUUACAUCUUAUUGGCAAAAACAAAGCCUUUGCAGCUAGUUUGUUUUUUGCAUUGUAGAUGGAUGGAGCAUCUAGGUCACAUCAGCCCUGAAGGGGCAAACUGGGGAGAUCCUUUGAUCUCCUUGUUCAGAUCCAGCCCAUGACCUUCGUGGUCCACUGAGCAUUUUCCUAGUUUGGCCUGCUUAUAUACAUAAUUACAUAUCAGUAACAUGUGAUCCAUCAAGUGCAACCUCACACACAUCUCUGCUUUUUGAAUACAAAAAGGGCAAAAUGUGGUUGAAAAAAAUUGCAUUAGAUCGAUGAUUUUUGUUAUAUGGAUCAUUUCAAUAUUACCAUUAAGAAUUGUUGAUUGUAUUUCAAAUACAGUAACAGUUGUAUGAUUAGGAUAUUUUACAUUGUCUAGUAUCAUGUGCUGUUUAGAAAUACAUAGUAUGACAAGCUUUUAAAGUCAGUUCACCAUCUGCAUACAUUCUUAUAUUUAUUAAAUAAGGUUUUAGCAAAGUUUUGUCGCAAUAUAUAAAGGGGUGCACAAUGACAUCACUAUAUCUAUAGAAGUGAAAUAUGCAGUUAGCUAGAUCAACAUGUGAUUAAUUGCUUUGUGUAAUAACCAGAUAGUUUUCAAGGUUUCAGUGACAUGUAGUAUUAGAGUAUCAACAGAAAAACUAUAUCAGAAGGUACUAUGGAAUAAAGUAAUCUCAAUGCAGCUAAGUGAACUUUAGAAUAUACAGUAAAUUAGUGAUGGCAAACCCUUUUUGAGUUUGAGUGCCCAAACUGCAAAUGGAAACCAUCUUUUUUAUCUCAAUAAGCCAACACUGCCAUUAAAUAUAAAUACAGAAGUCAAGCUGUGUGUGAUAUGUGGGCUGGGUGUUUAUUUUAAUUUAAUUGCAUUAGUAAAAGAAAAAAGAAAACUGCCUCCCCCCCUUUACGUCUUACUUAUUUUGCAGUAAGGGGGCCUUACCUGGUGGUCCACCGGGGCUUAAUUAUUCCCUCAUGAUCAGUGGGGGUUAACAAUAGAUACCUUGUCGUCCAAUGGUGUCAAUGAUAAAGCUCUGCUUGUCCAGUGGUCUUAAUAAUGAUUCCCUGGUGGUGCGGUGGUGGAAUGCAUGGUCUGCACCUCUGCUUGGUGCGGUCCAUAUUUAUCUCUCCUUUUGGUCUGGCUCUUAAUGAAAAAGUUAGAAUGCAGAGUUGGAAUCCUGCCAACCAUGCUGACUCCAUCAUUGAGAGCUAAAACCACAGUAUGGUUUGCAUUAAGUGGAAGUACAGAUCAAGUGCUUCCUCACCGGGCUACCAGGGACUUGAAAAGUAAUUUUAGCUCUGUUUUGUAGACAGAGUGCCUUUAAUUAUUUUUAUUUUGUAAUAUAUGUUUUGUUUUUAUAUUGGUUAUAUAUUUUGUAUAUGUUGUAUUUUACACUCUAUCAGUGUUAUUCACUUAAGUGAAAAAUCAAAAUGAAUUUCAAAUUUAAGGCAAAGUACCUGAACUUAAAUCAUAACUGACUUUGAGAAUGUUUCCAGUUUGGCUAGUUUACCUUGAAUUAACCCUGUUAAUUUUUUAUCUGUAUUUAUGCAAACUACUAUUGAAAGUUGUUUUCACUAAAGCUUCAGAGUACCUAAACCAAUAAGACUGUGCAAUAUGUCCAGAUGGUUCCAUCAAUAAUUAUCCACCUUGCCUUUAUCAGCAACCCUUUAAGUGAUGUUUUCUUGCUUGUUUAGAGAAAUACAAAUUGAGGUAUGGAAUCCUAUUAAAUAUAUAAGAGUUGACCAAAAUCACCCACCACGUUGAAUCUUAUAUAGUGAAAUAGUACAAGCAGUAUUAGUGUAAUCAAAUAAUUAGGGUAGAUUUAUUGAAAUGUUGCCAACACUUUAAUUUCAAAUUUUUGGUGCAAUUUAUUAAAUCAGUCUCAUAUUUUAAGCUGUAGCCUUUGUGCUCCCUAACCGUAAUCUUUAAAUAUUUACCGCAUUUUAAGUGACACAGCAGAUUUAUGAUUUUUAUUUAGUAAUUCUAUAUUUUUGCAGUGCAUAAAGAGACAAAGACAUAUAUGCCCACUAUGCCCCAACAGCAUACACAAUUUUAAUAUCUUACACAGAAAAUUAGAGUGGCAUACAAGAACAGUGCACAAUAUUUAAAAUGAAAUUAAAACGAUCAGGCUAUGCUUCCAUGUCUAGAAUACUGGUCGAAGCUGAACGAUAAUAAGGAGGAAAUUAACUAGACAGGAGGAAUAAUAACAGUAGAAAUAACACUGUGCUAUGAUAUGCUGGAAUUCAACAUUCUUGUUCAAGAUGGUAGCAGAGACAACAGGGCUGAAAUAGAAAUGGUCAAUAGAUUAACAGUUUUAUCUCCAAGGAGGCCUCCCCGGCUAGGGAACUAAUAAUAAUCUAUAGCGAGGUCAGUAAAGUAGCGUAAAGAUCAUAAAGAUCAGCAGGGCCACAAAUAGUCUGAAAUAACUGAUGAGUAUAGUGAGUGAAUCAUGUUCCCUAUAGCAUCAUAGACAGAAGGACAGAAUUAAAGUAAAGGACUAGGAGCCUCAAGAAGUCUCACCAUCCCCUCUUGCCCUAUGCCUGCCAUGGGCGGUUCACAGUCCAGCAACAUGGGGAGAUUCUUUAGACUCCACAGUGAAAGUAUUUGCCAAUGGUGCUGGAGCCACCUUGCCAUCGGUCGUCCCAUAAGUGUCUCCAUCCCCCACGUGAGCCUCAAAGUGGGCCAGGAUGAAUAGUAGAGUACUGUGGAACAUCAGGGUCCUGUUGUAGACAGUAGGAUCAACAGAUUGUGGUGUAGAGAUGGGCCCAUCUGCGUCCCUGGAGACACCUGCUAGUGCUUAUGCUGGACUGCUGGUAUGUUGCACCCGGCUUUCUUGAUUUUAUAACAGCCCGGUCUUCUCCGCCACUUUCGGGGUCGCCUCUGUUUGAAAGUCAAUUGCCGCAGCAGGUUUUAGGGCGGUUGGAACGCGACCCCUGAACAGCAGGAUGUUGAUGUACUCUGCGCUUCAGCUGCCGGCAGAAAUCAGCGAAGAGCUUGUUCAGUAUGGUCUCGAUGUUGCGUGGUACAUAGUUGGGUUUAGGUAAUCAUGCAGUCUCUGCCAUUUUAGGUGUGUUUUAGUUCAGACAGGUAGUUCCAAUGGCCUCACCCUGAGGUUUUCUUGAUUUUGUAACAGCCCGGUCCUCUCCGCCACUUUUGGGGUCACCUCUGUUUGAAAGUCAAUUGCAGCAGCAGGUUUUAGGGCAGUUGGAAUGCGACCCCUUCACAGCAGGAUGUUGCUAUACUCUGCGCUUCAGCUGCCUGCAGAAAUCAGCAAAGAGCUUGUCCAGUAUGGUCUCGAUGUUGGGUGGUACAUAGUUAAAUUUAGAUAAUCAUGCAGUCUCUGCCAUUUUAGGUGUGUCUUAGUUCAGAUGGGUAGUUCCAAUGGCCUCACCAUGAGGUCCUGUCAUGACUGGGAAGUCUCCUGAGAUUGGACCCGGGAUCACCCCCACCAGUCCAAGUGGUCCCCUCGAUAGGGACCACUUGUGCACACCUCCGGGAUUGGAUAACGGCUGACUCUCUGUCAGGAUUACAGCACGUAGAAUUGUGUAACACAGAGGACUGAUACGUAACGUAUAACGGACCUUAGAAUGGCCAGACUAACAUACCAAAGAAUAGUCAGAAAUAGCCGAGGUCAAGGGAUACUGAAAGAGACUCAACGAUAAGGAAAAGCCAGGGGUCAGGGAUGCCAGAAAACAGGGAAGUCAAAAACAAUGCCAAAGUCAAAUAACCAGAAUCACCAGAAUCAAUAACGCGCUCUCGAACAACCAAAAGGGAAACAACGACAGGGCACUGAGCAAGAGGAGAACUGGGCCUAAAUACCCCGCUUGUGGAUCUGAUUGGUUGUAACCGGCCUUUGACCCCAAAGGCAGUUAGCAGAUUCCUAUUUGCAUGAUUGCUGCUCAGCACAAACCCUCCUGUGGAUUGAUUGCUGCUCGGCACAACUUUUCCUGUCAGAACAGUAAAUGCCAUUAAUCACAUUUUUAUGUGCAGAUGAAUAUGUGACACUCUCCCGCCCAAUGCGCACCAGGCCACAUCUGCCAUUGUGGGGCAUGCAAGGCCCUGAUACUCUGCCAACUGCCAGACAGCAUGUCAGGUAAGUCAGGGACUAAAAAAGCACGCAUUGUGGAGGAGCUCGCUAGAGAUGCGUCUCUCCACCAUGACAGUCAGGCCCCGACCCCCGAUUUAUGAAUUUUUAUGCUUCUGAAAUUAUUUUUUUGCCGACAAUUGGCAGAAUUCGCUGUUAAGAAAACUGUCACUUAUCAAGAUCACUUUCAUAAAUACAAGAAAACUAAAACCAUAAUUUAACUGUCACUUCCUAGAACACUUUGAUAAACAGCCCCCAUUAUGUUUACUGAAAAAGUAAGUUCUAACCAGGCAGUCUGCUGUCUGCUGUUACAUACAAAAAUAGAGAGCGAGCAGAAGAAAAGUAGGAAUAAGUAAAUUAUCCUAAUAGAGUGAGUUUCCCUCUCUCGGGAGAGAAACAGAAUGGGAAGAAUAUAGUAACUAAUUCCCAAUUUCCCAAGAUUAUAAAACUUAGCUUUUAAUAUGGAACUAAAUUAAAAGAAAAAAAGAAAAUUACGGUUGGUAAGGUAACCCACCUAACUUAAUGUGUUAAAAACGGCAGCUAUUGGCUACAAUGCUGUACAGUAAAUGUACUAUUGCCAACAGUUAUGUGCUCCUAACAGUAAUGCAAUUUGGUAUGACUAUGAUUACAAUACUGUGGAUACUCCAAACUGUUAAAUCAGCUAAACAAUACUUGCUGAAAUUUGUUGGAGAAUAUUUUUUUCUGUACAGCAGUGUAACAAGGGUUGAAUUCACAACCUAAGUAUCCUUGCUAAAAGUUAUAGUUACUUUUGUGACCAACUCAAUAUACCUUUAGCUGAACUCUUGAAGGUAGGAAAGGAUUUCUAUGCAAAGUAACCUAUAAACGAGCUUUUAAAUCUCCUAUGGUUAGAGAAAUAUGCCACUGAGACAGUAAAUGGUGAUGAAAGUAGUGCAUCAGUUUGUGCAUUAACCACGCUCAGCUAUUAACACUUUCAUCACCAUUUACUGUCUCAGUGGCAGAGUGUGGGAUCAGUUCAAAGAAUCUGUUGGACAUUGAGAGUUCUUUAAAGCAACUUUGUAUGUGUUCUACACUUAAUUCUCAUGCACAACAUCCAUAAUAAAACAUUGAAAACUCACAGGAACAUCUCUUCCUCAUCAUUUAAAGUCAUGGACAAUAUAACAAAUUUACAACUAUUUGCAGGUAGUGCACUAUAGCAGCUGAGAAAUAGUUAGGCAAUAAAUGGACUGUAAUAAAACUGGAGAGAAGAGGCAGAUUGAUUUCAGCUAUUUUAAAUACACCUCUGAGAGAUGGGUGAUGGAACACAAGUAGAUGCCUAUAUAAGUGAGAGACCCACACGUUUAGAGGAAUAGAAUUAAAUUAGAUGUGCAUUUUUAUUUCAGACCCAACAAAAUGGAUCUAUGAAAAAUUGGUGUCACGAACCCUCAAGAUACUGUGAUGAAUUGGAUCUUUUUAACUGAACACAUUCUAUCAAAGCUACUGAACCCCUGUUUCAUCUUGCCAUAGUAACUAGAUGUUCUACAGUAGUACUAAUAGCACAAGUGAGUGAAACAUGGAACUGUUAGAUCAAAAUGUUGCAAUAUGAUCCAAUAAAACUGCUUUGUAUGUGAACCCUGUGAGUGCCAGAAACCCUUGUAUGCUGCUUCAGCUAAAGCAUCUUGUAAUCUCUGGAAAUUGAGUGUGGUCCUUCAUCCUUAUGUGGUAAUGUACUAUUUACAUGGGGGUCCCUAGUGUGUGAUAUAUAUGCCCCCUUUCUCUGUUUCAAACCUUGGUGUCAAUCAGUCUUGGACAUUACGCAUAAUGCAGUGCGACUUCUAACCCAACCCAAACGGGGUAAAAAGCCAGUAUGAGCAAAGGUCUAAAACAAGUAUGGCUAGUUAUAACAGGUCAUUACAGGUGUCAAUCAGAAAAAAAAAACAACAACAAAAAACAGUAAUGGGCAAAAGGUUUAUGAUGAGAGCAAUGAGUGUUAAGUAGAAACUAAAUUCUGAAAUGCAGAUGUCGGAGGAGUUCAUAAGCAAACUGGUUCCAAACAAUAUUGCAAACUGUAUAGAGCUACUGCUAACAAGCUAGUAAAGAGACUAUGCAUGUGUGCCCACCCAGACAUAGUGGCCCUAUAAAAGCCUCAUGCAGCUCAGGUACUGCAGCUAAUUGUAAGAGGAAGACAUUUGUGUACUUGUCUAUAUGCACAAACGUUCACUGGACUGUAGUCAAAUGUGUUGUGUAUAUUUGUGCAAAGCAUUGUCUUUACAAACUUCCACUAGGGCUUUAAGUUAGUAUCAUGAGCAGAGAGACAAUACAUACACAGAGAAACAGCUUGUCAUGUAGAUGGUGCGGCUUGUGACAAAUAUAUGGUACAAACAGAAAACUAUAAAAUAAAAGCUACAUAAUGUGCUAAUGAAUUACUACUAUCUGACAUUAAAAUAUGGAUUUCUAAACAUUGGAGAUGGUCCUGCGCUGAAUACAAACAAAUAGAGUCAUGAGUAUAGGAAGCAGGGGGAAUAGGGAGGAUGAAGCCAGUAAAUCUAGCGGAGUGUCACGGGAGCUGUAACCCAACACGCAGAAAAUAGGAAAGCCACAAAAGGUGUAUCCAAAAGACGUAUUACCGAGCCUUAGAGUGGUCGGACUUAACGUAUUAAUAUAGCGAGAAUCAAGGUCAAGGAUACAGCAAUACACGACAAAAUACAAAGCCGAGGUCAAGAUACCAGAAAUCCCAAGGUCAAUACUAAGCUGGGUCAGGAUACCAGCAAUCACAAGGUCAAUACAAAGCUGGGUCAGGAUACCAGAAAUCACAAGGUCGAUAUGCAGCCAGGUCAGGAUACCAGAAAUCACGAAGUCAAUACAAAGCCGAGGUCAAACACAGAAAAUCACUAGGGAAUCACUAGGAGCACAAAGUGAGGAUCUAUACAGAAACCACGAUAGGGCAAAGAAUAUGGGCCAAAGCAAGUCUUAAAUAGGCUUACCUGUGUACUGAUUGGUCCAUGUCAUCAUUGCAAUUCAAAAUAGAUUAGGGUCGCAAUGAUGCCGUGGUCACUUUUAAAACAAGCGUGACGUCACCCCUACACUCUAUAUAAGGGAGUCCUGCCGUGUGGCCGUGUGGAUCGGCUGGACCGUGUGGCAGGAGGAUGUGAGUGCAGGCAGGAGUAGGGCUGCGCGGCUCGAGGGAGGUGAGUACCCUUGCCAAUGCUGCGUUGAGCGGGCUGACCGUGCGGCCGGAUGUAAGUAUAUGCAAUAUGCAACAAUUAAAGUGUUAGUGCUUGGAUGAAUAUGCUCACAAUACAAAGCAAUAUGCGCCAAAUGAAGAUUAUAAUAAAGGUGACAUUUCUAUCCAAAAACUCCUCAUAUAUACACACAUGUGGUCUCCUCCAAAUGGGCCUCUGAAGCACUAACACUUUAAUUGUUUAGUUUUAACAUUGUUUUUAAUUGCUUUUAUCACAUAAAUUUUGUAUACUCAUAAUGUUCUUAAAAUAGAUUAAUUUAAUACACUUUAGCUCAGUGGUUCCCAAACUUUUUAGGUUCAAGGCGCCCUUAAUAUUUCAAUAUUUUUCCAAAGAACCCUAAGUCAAAACAACUUUCUAGGUUGUAUAUAUGUACAGCGCUGCGGCAUAUACUGGGCCCCUAAUCUUGGGAGUGGCACUGGUAGAAUAUUUAAAGAAACAAUCCAGGCACAAUAACCACUACAUUACUUUGUAGUGGUUAUCUUUGACAACUAGGGGCUGGGAUAGGGGCUGUAGUGUGUGUUUGUGUGUGUGGGGGUGCAAUAUGUGUGUAUGAGGGGUGCAAUAUGUGUGUGUGUGAAGGUUGCAGUGUGCGUGUGUGUGUUUGAGGGGUGCAUGUGCGUGUACAGGGGUGCAGUGUGCAUGUGAGGGGUGCAGUGUGUGUACAGGUGUGCAUUGUGUUUGUGAAGGAUGUAGUUUGUGUGUUUGUGUGUGUGAGGGGUGCAGUGUGUGUGUUUGUGGGGCAGUUUGUGCAUGAGAGUACAGUGUGUGUGUGAGGGGUAUACUGUGUGUGUGGGGCAGUUUGUGUGAGGGGUUCAGUGUGUGUGUGUGGGGGUUGCAGUGUGUGUGGGGGGGUGCAGACUGUGUGAAGGGUACAGUGUCUGUGUAUGGGGGGAAAUAUGUGUGUAUGGGGGUAGUGUGUGUAUGGGCGGGUAAUUGUGUGUAUGGGAUAAUUAUAUGUAUGAGGUAGUGUGUGUGUAUUGGGGAUAGUGUGUGUAUUGGGUUUAUGAGGGGGUAAUUAUGUGUAUGGGGGUAGUGUGUAUGUAUGGGGGGUAGUGUGUGUAUGGGGAGGUAAUUGUGUGUAUGGGGUGGGUAAUUGUGUGUGUGUGUGUAUGGGGGAUAAUGUGUGUGUAUGGGGAGGCAGUGUGUGUGUAUGGGGGGAGUUAUUGUGUGGUGUGGAGUCUGUGGGGGUGGGAGGGCAAAUUAAUAAAUUUAAAAAAAUGAUAUCCCCCCUCCCUCCUUACCUUUGUCUGGGAGGGGGGGACAUUUCCUGUAAUCUCUGGUGGGGAAGCCCUGGUGAUCCCAGUGGUGAAAGUGAAUUCUAGCAGCCUCAGGAGCUACUAGAGUUCACUCUCGUGAGAUUCGGAGCGUUGCUGUGGUAACCAUGGAAACGCUCCAACCUCGCGAGAGAAGAACCCAGCAGAACUGCAUGUUAGAGCUCCCCCAUGCCCUCUCUUCCUCCCUCCCCUCCGGUCCUGCAGAGCUGGCAGGGGAGAGUGAGGCAGAGUUCCCGGUGCUAUGAUCAUAGCACCGGUAAAAUAACUUGCGGCUCCCCUGUGUGCCCGUAGAGCACCGUGGCACAUAGUUUGGGAACCACUGCUUUAGCUUAUUAAGCACUGUUUAUUUGUCUCUUAUAUUUGGAUUUAGUGUAGGACCCACCGAUAUUGGGGUACUGUGAAGUAGUGGUGGACUUAACACAAUAUGACCACAUGGUGGAAGUGAAUCCCCAUAUUUUGUCUUCUUAGAUAGGCAAAUUAGGUAGCCUUAUAUGAUUAUUAGUGCAUUUUUAUGUGUGUGCUGUAAUUUAGUUUGUAUCAUGGAGAAUCAUCUAAGUCAUUAGUGAACCCACCAAGUCUCCUUACUCAACUCACUAAACCAGUCUAUGCAUUUAUCUCAAUGUUCUGUUGGUGAGGUUACCAAUAGAUAUCAAAAUAAUUGCCAGAUGUCUGAAAAUGUGUUAUUGGAAAGGUGUAGUAGCAUACACAGAAGCAUGACAAAGCUAACCAUAGCUUUUCUACAGAUAAUUCUAAUUCUGUAUCCCCCACGAUGCUCAGUAUGUCUACUAUGUCACAUGAUGAAGAAUUUAGUUCACCUAUAUCUUAGGUGCCCAGGGUGGCAAUCAAUGGAAAUACUAUGAGCUGAGUUCUAUUAGCAAAAAUGUUUUCCUCUGCUUAUUGAAAAACUAUUUUAAUGUGCAUACAUGCUCUCAUGUAUGUUUUGAAUGUCCUAUUGAUUGUGAAGACAUUUGGUGGUAUGCACUGUACAUGAUGACAUAUUCUCUGGUGUCUGCAAGAUGUGUGAUUUCGAAAAAAGCAAUAAUGCAAUACCAAGACUGUCUCACCAUAUUUAGGACAUUCGAGAGUUAUUUUAAGUUAUUAUGCUGCUGUCUGUCACUGUUAUAGCAAUCAGAUCUUCACAAUUUCACAAUUUUCCAUAGUUGUUUAUUUAAAUGUGCUCACAUUUAGCUCAUAGCAUUUAAACCUUUUUCUUUCUUUCUAUGGUUAGCUAUGUUCCUGGGAUCAGCACUGCUAUUUGUUAUGCAUUUUUGCUGUGAGUCAUUUCUUCUGUCUUGUUUAUUUUGUGUGUACAUGGUUCUUUGUAUUUAAAAGGACACAAGAGCCAGCAGAAUCACUACGUCUGAUAUCUAUAGAUUGUCUCUGCAGGUUGAGCACUGUAAACGUUGUCUUUUCAGAGGAAAAAGCAGUGUUUACAUUGCAGCCUAAUUAUUAUUAUUAUUAUGAUAUUUAUAGAGCGCCGUCAAAUUCCGCAGCGCUUCACAAUGGGUGGACGAACAGACAUGUAGUUGUAACCAGACAAGUUGGACACACAGGAACAGAGGGGUUGAGGGCCCUGCUCAAUGAGCUUACAUGCUAGAGGGAGUGGGGUAAAAUGACACAAAAAGGUAAGGAUAGUAUUAGACUAGUGACAGUUGCAGAAGAGGAAUCAGUCAGGAGCUAUUAACAGUUUAAUUGAUACGCUUUUAUGAAGAAGUGGGUUUUUAACGAUUUUUUGAAGGAGUGGAGACUGGGUGAGCAUCUAAAGGAGGAGGGAAGCAAGUUCCACAGGAACGGUGCAGCCCUCGAGAAAUCUUGAAGGCGAGCAUCAGAGGUGGGAGUACGGAGAGAAGAUAGACGUAAGUCUUCAGCAGAUCGUAAGGGCCUAGAUGGGACAUACUUGUGUAUAAGGGAGGAUAGAUAGGUGGGAGCAGCAUUAUGUAGAGAUUUCAAAGCAAGAACCAGAGUUUUAAAUUGAGUUCUAUAUUUUAUAGGAAGCCAAUGUAGGGACUGACAGAAGGGUCAGGCAUGGGAGGUGCGGGCGGACAGGAAGAUGAAUAACACCUCGAGUGGCAGUCACUCACACACUAUGAGGAUUUGCUGAUUAGCGCAUGCACGAUUGAUUCCCAAUGCUUAGCAAUGGAAGUGGAGCCAGGCAGGGCCAGCCGUGGCAAUACCGCCAUGGUGUGGGGAAAAGGGUGACUAAGCCCACCUUUCCCAUGCUAUCGGGGUGGCUGGUGACUUAAAUAGUUAGCUUUACACUGUAGAGUUAGGAAUACAUGUUUGUAUUCCUAAAACUAUAAUGGCCCUUUAAGUGGUAGGAUUUGUGUUUUUUGCUUGUUUGUUGAUUUUUUUGUUGUUUUUUUUAUGGCAGGCUCUUUGUAAGGUUAUCUAUUCAUCAAAAAAGAAUUUUGUGGUAAAUCUUUCAAAUCUUACAUUACCAUCGCUAUGUACUCUAACAUUGCCAUUGUCAUUACUACCAUUGCUAUGUACUCUAAGUACACCAUCUGCUUAGUAUUUAACUCCUUAAGGACACAUGACGUGUGACAUGUCAUGAUUCCCUUUUAUUCCAGAAGUUUGGACCUUAAGGGGUUAAUAAAUUAAUUAAUUUUACAAAUUGGCAGGGUUAUUCAACAACACAUUUUCGUGAAUUAAAUUCUUGCUCUUGCACACCAGUAGAAUAGUAAACUGUUCAAAAUGUUGACAAUUGACAUGUUUACCAUUAUUUUGUAUGUGGAAUAAGCAUUUCUUGACUUAAUGUCAUCUGUUAAACCAAAAUAUCAUAUUCCAAUUCAAAGUUAUUUUCUUAAUGUCAGGGUUACUAGUUGAUCCCGCAUGCAGAAUUGUAUCACACCUAGGACUAAGGAUAACGUCUAACCAGACCUUAGGAUGGCCGGACUUAACAUACCCAAAAAUAGUCAGAAUACUUGCCGAGGUCGGGGAUACAGAAUCAGAUACGAUGAUGAGAAAAAGCCUAAAGUCAAGGAUACAAGAAAUCAGGGAAGUCAGAACGAAGCCAAAGUCAAAUACCAAAAUAUCAAGAUCAGGAACGCACUCUCGGAUUACCAUCAGGCAGAAAUCAUGACAGGGCAAUGAGAGAAUGUAAAAAUUAGUUUAAAUAGCCCUCUUGUUAUUCUGAUUGCCGGUAAUCGGCCCUUGACCCCAAAGUGUACGCGUGAUGCCUUAACCUGGGCGGCUAUGGGGCUAUAAAUUGGCAUAUAUCCGCAGCGGCCAGCGGCCCAAGACAUGCUGGGUUUAGCAGGUUUCCGGGCGUUCGGUUGCAGAUGGGCAAAACUAUUCCUGUCAGGAUGGUAAAUACCAUUAAAGACAUUUCUAUGAGUGGAUUAAUCCGUUACACCUAAGACAGGACAAAAAGAGAUGCAUAAGAAAGUUGCAUAGAUAUUCAAACAUUACUUGGUAGGGACAUUCUUUGACCACAGACAUUGUGGCAUGUGGCUACGGUCCUAACUACAUAUCAUCCAACACUUUUUUUUUCUUUCCUCUGUCUCCUCCAGCAUUACAGCUAUGACCUGUGGUCAUUUUCAAGCCACUUAAAACAUGCAUUGCUAUCACAAUUGUACAGACGAUUGAAACAGAUGAUAGCUAGGAGACUUUUACCUCUAGUAUUGACAGCAGCUGGAUUUGUGCCUUCCUAUCCUCCACUAUUUCUAUUGAGUUAAAUAUUUUCUAUUUUUGUCUAUAUCUAAAGUUUAAAAUUCUUAUAUAGUUUUUCCCGUCAAGAAAAUGAUUUAAUGCUAUGACAAAAAAUAGGAAACGUGGGUAAUGUUUAGUUCUAUAUCCACCAAUCUCAGCCCUUUUAUUCUUGAAAUGCUCAAUAAGAGUUUGAUCCUAUUUAAUAUUUAUUAUUUCUUUCUUGUGAAUACAUUCACUUAGGCAACAACUGUGAGCGAUACUGUCUCUCCUUUUCCCCUCUUUCUUCAUCUCUUUUCUACUUCUUUCUCUUUUUUUCCUCCUUGGAUUAUUGUUUUCUCUCAGUGUUAUGCGAUCAGUAACUUGAUUUAUGGUAUCAUCGAGCCAGAAUUCUUACUACAUACCCAUGUGACCUCUUUCCUCAACAUUCUGGAAUUGCCUGUUUUCAUAUGUUUAAACGGUUGCAUUGUACUUUUCUUUCUUUCUUACAUAGUUACAUAGCUGAAAAGAGACUUGCGUCCAUCAAGUUCAGCCUUCCUCACAUAUGUUUUUGCUGUUGAUCCAAAAGAAGGCAAAAAACCUAGUGUGAAGCACUUCCAAUUUUGCAACAAACUAGGAAAAAAAAUCCUUCUUGACCCCAAAAUAGCAGUCAGAUGUCUCCUUGGAUCAAGCAGCUAUUACCCCACUAACUAGAAAUUAUAUCCAUGCAUGUUAUGUUUUUGCAAGUAUUUAUCCAAUUUCAGUUUAAACAUCUGUAUAGACUCUGACAAAACCACCUCUUCAGGCAGAUAAUUCCAUAUCCUUAUUGCUCUUACUGUAAAAAAAAAACCCUUUCUUUGCCUUAGAUGACAUCUCCUUUUUUCCAGCCUAAAUGUGUGACCUUGUGUCCUAUUGAUAGCCCUAUUUAUGAGUAGAUUUCCAGAUAAAGGUUUGUACUGGCCCCGAAUAUAUUUGUAUAAUGUUAUCAUAUCCCCUCUCAGGUGCCGUUUUUCCAAACUAAACAGAUUUAAAUUUUUUAACCUUUCUUCGUAACUAAAAUGCUCCAUUCCUUUUAUCAAUUUUGUAGCUCGUCUCUGCACUUUUUCUAAUACCAUGAUAUCUUUCUUUAGAACAGGUGCCCAAAAUUGCACAGCAUAUUCAAGGUGUGGUCUUACCAGUGAUUUAUAAAGAGGCAAAAUUAUAUUUUCAUCCCGAGAAUUUAUGCCCCUAUUUUUACAUGACAAAACCUUACUGGCCUUAGCAACUGCAGAUUGACAUUGCAUAUUGCUGUUUAAUUUGUUGUCUAUAACAAUUCACAAAUCCUUCUUGUGUGUGGUUAUUUACUACCAUUUAAGGUGUAAAUUGCUUGUGUAAUCUUAACCCCGUAGUGCAUAACUUUGCAUUUCUCUAUGUUAAAUUUCAGCUGCCAUUUUAGUGCUCAGUCCCCCAAUCUAUCUAAAUCCCUCUGCAGCAAAGCAAUAUCCUGCUCACAUUUAAUUACUUUACAAAGUUUUGUGUCAUCUGCAAACACUGAUACAUGGCUUUCCAUGCCUACUUCAUGAUCAUUUAUAAAUAUGUUAAAUAAAAGCGGUCCCAAAACAGAACCCUGAGGGACACCACUUACCACUUUUGUACAGCCUGAAAAUUUACCAUUAAUGACAAUUCGUUGUACUCUAUCCUUAAGCCAAUGUUCUACCCAACAACAAGAAUAUUCAUCUAGACCAAUUUCUUUUAGUUUGAAGACUAACCUAUUGUGAGGAACCGUAUCAAAUGCCUUGGCAAAAUCCAAGUAGAUCACAUCCACUGCAAAACCCUGAUCUAUACUUCUACUUACUUCUUUGUAGAAUGCAAUUAGGUUAGUUUGACAUGACCUGUGUUUCAUAAAACCAUGCUGGUUAUUGCUAAUAACAAAGUUCUUCCCAAUGAAUUCCUGAAUAUUAUCCCUUAAUAGCCCUUCAAAUAUUUUCCCAGUCACAGAGGUUAAGCUCACAGGUCUAUAAUUUCCAGGCAAGGAUUUUGAACCCUUUUUAAAUAUAGGAACAACAUCUGCCUUCCUCCAAUCCUCUGGUACAAUACCUGGAACAAAAGAAUCUCGAAAAAUAAAUAAAUACAGAGGUUUACUUAUUUCCCCACUUAGCUCCUUAAGUACUCGUGGGUGAAUACCAUCAGGCCCCGGAGAUUUAUUUACAUUAAUUUUCUUUAAUAACUGUAGCACCGUGUCUCAAGUUUCUUGCCAUAGGAUCCUCAUUAAUAUAUACUGAAUUAAAAUAGUUAUUUAAAAUUUCUGCUUUUUCCUGGUCUCCAUUAGCUAACAAACCCAUCUCUGUUACCAGUGUACCUACACUUUCAUUUUUAGUUUUUUUAGAAUUGAUGUACUUGAAAAAAAAUUUGGGGUUGGUUUUGCUUUCUUUGGCUAUCAAUUUCUCAUUUUCUAGUUUAGCCACUUUAAUUGCCUUUUUGCAAGCAUUAUUGGCUUCCUUAUAUCUUAUAUAGGAUGCCUCUGAUUUGUCCGAUUUAAAUGCUUUAAAUGCCCUUUUCUUAUUUUUAAUCUCUUGUUUUACUUCUCUACUAAGCCACAUUGGUUUUCAUUUGUUUCUUUUAUAUUUAUUACCCAAUGGUACAUACUGAGAAAUGUACCUUUCUAAUAUUUGUUUGAAUAGUUUCCAUUUAUCCUCAGUUUUUUUUAUCACUAAGGAGUUUAUUCCAGUCGAUAUGUUGUAGAGCUGCCUUAAUCUUAUUGAAAUUGGCUUUUUAAAAAUUAUACAUUUUAGUAUACCCCACGUGCUUUUGCUUUUUUGAGUUUAUUAAAAAAAUUACCAUAUUGUGAUCACUAUUUCCCAAAUGCUCCCCUUCUUGAAUGUUGGUCAAAAGAUCAACAAUGUUUGUUAUAACGAGAUCCAGACAAGCAUCCUUUCUAGUUGGUGCUUGUACCAGUUGUGACAUAAAGGUGUAAUUUAACACAUUUAAAAAACUGAUUCCCGUGCUGAAGUACUAGUCUCUCUAUCCCAAUUAUUGUCCGGGUAAUUAAAAUCUCCAAUAAUUAACGUGUUACCCCGAUUUGCAGCUUUCCCAAUUUGCUCUAACAGCUGUUCUUCCUUAUUAAUAUUUACAUUAGGUGGUUUAUAACAUAUUCCAAUCAAUAAUUGAUUUCCCUUUGUUUGCCCCAAGCAGAUAUCUACCCACAAAGCUUCCACAUUUUCCUUGUCACACUCCACAUGCCUAAGUUAACAGCCCAGUCAUGUGUCUCAUCCCACCAUAUUUCUGUUAUGCCUAUGGUUACGGUUGCCUCCAGGCUAGCUGAAAGUUGGACCAUAGAAAGGAUGCUCCUAGCGCUCACCAAAGGACCAUCAGCACCGUUGACACCAUAACUACUGCAGACUCCACGAACUGCCGCUGCUGGGCUGGGAUCUCGCCCAGCCCUCUUGCACCCUCUUUCGUUUAGGUGCAAGCCAUCAUGACUAUACAGGUUGUACCCAAGCGCAAAAUCGCCCCAGUGCUCUAAAAACCCAAAACCCUCUUUCCUGCACCAAGACUUCAGCCACGCAUUGACAUCUCUAAUCUCCCGCUGCCUUUGUGCUGUAGCGUGCGGCACAGGUAAUAUUUCUGAAAAUAUUACCUUGGAGGUCCUUUUCUUUAGCUUACUUCCUAGUUCCCUGAACUCAUUCUUUAGGACCUUCCAUUUUCCUCUGACUUUGUCAUUGGUACCAAUAUGGACCAUGACAGCUGGGUCAUCCCCAGCCCCUCCCAAUAAUCUCUCCACUCUGUCGGCAACAUGCCGGACCCAAGCACUCGGGAGACAGCAAACUGUCCGGUUGAGUCAAUCAGAGUGGCAGAUUAACCUAUAUACUCUCUUAAUAAUAGAGUCCCCUACCACCCCAACCUGUCUAAACUUCCUUACCCUCUCAACUCCACCCGUACUAGAGGGGCUGUUCCCAUGGCUGUUAGAAGGAACAGCUUCCUGCAGUACAGCUAUUCCUGAGUUGAUGCUCCCAACAUCUUCACUCAAAUGGGCAAAUCUGUAAGGCUGCCCAAGAUCAGGAAUAACUAAACCUUUCCUCUUCCCUCCCCCUCUGCUUCCUCGCCCCACUGUUACCCAGCUAUGUGCCUGUUCUCCAACUGUCUCAUCUCCUCCCACUCCACUACCUGCACCCACUAAACUCUGCUCAGUGAGCAGCAGACUCCUCUCAAGAUUGUCAAUCUCCCUCAGUGUUGCAAUUUGCCUCUCCAGAUCUCCAAUCUGAGCUUCAAGAAAAUCCACUCGCUCACACCCACCACAGAGAUAUGGACCCUGGACAGAUUUAUCCAGGCAUGCAUACAUGCAGCACGGUGUACACUGAGUAAAACUUGUAAUCUUGCUAGCACUCAUCCCCAGUUACCAAAAAACACAAGGGAGCAAAAACAAUAUUUACCCUCUUGGUUUAAACUCCCUUGUAGGUUUCAACUCCUGUUGUUUUAACUCCUACUUAAAAGAGACUACUUUAAAUAGCCUACUUUCAAGCAAACUCCAGUGAGCAAGCUCUGUGUUUCUCUUGUACUUACUUAAAUCAAAAAACCCAAUAAACUUUAAUCAGAAAAAAGUUAAUUUGGGUGUAUGUUUAAUCUACCCAGUCUCCCCAUUUGUCAUCUAUAUAUUUUUUUUCCAUUUAUUAAAGUAGAAGAUUCCUAAGGGUACCAUGUGUUGCCCAUUUUAUGAUUGUGAGAGAAUUAGAAUUUACACAACCAUAACUGUUUCUAACAAAAUACUGGAUAUAGGCCAAAGCCAAAAACUGCUCCAAUGGCAGCAUAGUUGGUUCAACCAUCAUACUAUCACAAACAAAUUGCGGGUUAAUUCAACCACUGAUCAUAACCCACUUGGUAGCCAAAGACAAUGGAAGUUUAAAAAAAAAGAAGUAAAUUUUCACUUUUUAUUUUUUUAUUAACCCAAUUUAUUGUGAGAUUGGUAAUCUUUAGUUUUAUAGUAGUGGCAAUGUUUCAUUCUGCCAUGUGUUGAUGUUGAAUUAUUGUAAUAACCACCUAUUUCUAUGUAUUUUAUAUUUUAGGUUUGGAAAUCUAGCCUAUAAAUGAAGUCUUCAGUGUUUUGGAAGAUCAAAUUAGCUUCUAUCAUCUUAAUUGUGUUCCUCGUUGUUGCAGCUGCUGUUAUUGUGACCACUGUUCUUCUUCUUGGUAAGAAAAUCAGUGUAAGGAACCAGAGACAAUUUUGGGGACAGCCUCUCGCAUACAUUAAACCGUGCAGUUUCCUACACUAUCAUGGAGAGGCUGUACAAUGUGUUUUGUUUUACUUAUGUUUGUUUUGAUUUUAAAAAUUAACUCAUAAUGAGAUCUUACCCCUCUCAUCCCAUUACUAGAUUAUGUGGGAUAGGAUUAAUUCCCAUUCAUCACCCUCACUUCCUAAACCCAUUGUUGGUUUUGCCAUCAGAUUCAACACUGUAACAUAGCAGAAAUGUUUGUUUUUUUGUGAUUCAAAUCAGAAAAAUAAGAUAAGUAGUUAAAAUAAUAUAAGGCUCUUGCAACCAUUGCUGCCAACCUUAAAAAAAGAGUCAUCAGGUCUGUGCAGAUGGCCAGCUUUACCAUUAGGCAGAGUAGGCACAUGCCCUGUAGGCACAACUAUUUACAACACUUAUAAAGUGCCUUUUUUAAAUGCUUAGGUUGGUUGGUUAUGGGGGAUAAGUACCAGAAGCUUUUGCUUAGACCCAGUAGUCUGUUUGAUAGCAGAGCUGCAGGAGCAGUUAUAGAGAGUGUAAAACACACUGUUGUCCCAGCUCCUCCGGGGUCUGUGUGUGAGAAUGGACAGGAAGUUGAAGGGAUCACUUUACAUUUGCCCACUGACAGCCUCUCACACAGGAAAUGCCUUACAGGAGGGGCAGGAACAGCAUUGUGUGAUUAUAAGAGGGCGAGUAUUUUGCAAAUGAAUCAAACUCCACGUCUUUAACCUAACCACCCCUUUUUCUCAAACCUUAAUUUUUUUUUAAAAUUUGACAAUUUUUUUCAUUUUUUUCAGAUAUAUUGGGGUACAGAAAAGAAGGGGUGGUUUUUUUUGGGAGAGGGAAACAGGUAGUUUUGUUCCACAUAUAUUCACAGUUCAAACAUAAGAAAAAACAUUUUACAUUUUAUAUUCCCCGAAUAAACCUUAUGCUGUGUUACAUCUUGAUGAGGGGUCAAUAUGUGGGAGGUCUUCCUAACCUUAAAUGUAACCUCUUUCAAAACCUAAUACUCAUCACUUAGGCCCAAAUGUAAGCACUCAAAGUGUAAACUUGAAGAAAAAAUAAAUCUUUAUCUUAAUCCAAGGUUUAACUUCCCAGACACAAUACCACUGCUGAUAGUAUACACCACACACACACACACAACACCGAAAGCAGCCUACCCCACGCAUGCAACUUCAAAAGUAGAUUUCAACUGCAUACAAAACCACAGACAGUCUCCCCAUACACACAUAGACAACACCAGCAAACAGGCAUUUUUCCUGUGAGACCUCUUAAGCUUUUGUGGGGGUGUAUGUCAUUAGUGGUGACACAACAACCCCCCUCUGUGGCUCUGUGGCCCUGUCCCCUCAUAUUGGGCUGCUUUGCCUUUAAAUGCCUUUUUUUGUAGCACACCUGGUUAUUAUCCUGCUAAAAGUGAACUUUUUUCCCACGCUCAGGUAUCUUGAAGUCUGAAAAUUAUUUUCUACAACUGCCCUCUAUUUGGCUCCACCCAUCUUGUCUACCAGUUAUAUAUUCUCAUAACCUGAUGUUAUCUCCAUCCUGUUUCAUUAUAUAUGCAGGGUUAUUCACUAUAGUGACUAAAGUCAAAGUGAAUUUUAAAUUUAAGACCAAAAUAGCUGAAUUGGAAGCAUAGCUAACUUGGAGAGUUUUUUUCAUUUGGCUAUUUUAACUAUUCAAGUUGAAUUCCUGACAAUAAAUAACCCUGAUGGUGUACUUUGCGUUGAAUGGAGAUAUGGCAGGUUAUACAAAUACGAGUAUUAAUAAAUGAUUUCCCACAAAUAAAACCUUUUAUUUGUAUUUAAUAAUAUUGUAUUUAUUGACAGGAAUAAAGUCCUCUGCGUCAAACUCCACAAUUCAAUAUUAUGAUGGAUCCUUUAGGAUUCUUAACUUAAACUACACAAAUGAUUAUAAAGAUGAUAGUAGCAGUGGAUACAAGUUACUGGCUACUCAACUCCAAGGCCUGGUAAGUAACAAAAAAAAAAAAAAAGAUUUACUUUUAAAAGUAAAGGUACCUUGGUAAAUGUGCAAAAGUGUCCCCACAAUCUGUGGCAAAACUAGCCACCAGAGACUAUCAAUGUAUAAGGAUGUGUGUAUUGUUGCUAAGCCAUAAUAAUCAAUGCUAUUUGUAUUUCAGGCGAAUGAGGGCAUUCAUAUGCUGGCGGUAUGAAAACCCCAGCAUUCAUAAUGAAGUUUCACAAACAGUGAGUUAAACACUGUUAGUGAAAUGAAUAACAUACCUAAUGCACGACCACACACAGGGGGUCGUGUGGCACCCAUUAACCGAUUGCAACAAUGUUGCAAUCGGUAAUUAAGAGUGUUUCUAGGUGGCCGUCGUUCGAAUAACGAUUACGCAGCGGUCGGCCAUCUUGUUUCUUUUGUUAGCCCAGCGGUGUUUUGUCGUCGAGCGCUUGGAACUAAAAACGGCUUCUCGACGGCGCGAACACCGCGGGACUUCCAGGCCGUUCGGGAACCUCGGCCGUUCGGUAAUUUAUUCCCCUUACGAUAAUCGGUAUUUUAAAACCUAUGUUAAAAAUUAUGUGUAUUUCGUACGGCGUUCGGUUAGUUAGACUGGGAGCUGAGCGGUAUUCUCACGAAUGAUGCGCUCAGCCUCCAGCUAUCUACCGAACGCCAAUUCGUGUAAAACUAGUGAAUAUUGUUAAAGUUAUGUAUUUUAAUGUAAAAUGUGAGUUCUGCUGCACGGAGGGAUAAUCCCAUUAACGGUAUAUUCCAGUGGGAGUAUCCCUCUCGUCCAGCAGUGUAUGAUGGGAAAAUUGUGUGUUGGUCAGUUCCCCAUGUAGUCCCCUACUGUACAACCCCUGAAAUGUCAGUAGGGAAACCCCUUGCAUGGGGAAUCCCAUAAAUACCGUGACCUGAAAAUAAACCUCAGUUGACCUCCAAGCUAUGUGUCGUCUAGUUCUUGGGAGGAAGGGAUUGUAACUACGCUACCUGGAUUUUACCUGCUUUGUGCCUGCUUGAUUCUGUCUACCAGCGGAGAUACCGUGGAUAAUACUACUACUCCGCUACACAAUCAUUUCUGUUAUUAACUGGCAGAGUUAUAAUAUUUUACAGGGUUUUCUCUAAAGUGAGAAAUGCUGGGAAUGCAAAAUAAAUUCUAAGUGAAUUUCAGAAUGUUGGCAAAAAUAUCCAAAUUAUAAAAAUUGUCUGUUUGUUAUUUUUUUAUUUUGGCUAUUUUGGCUUAAAGCUUAAAAUUCCCUUUGAAUUAUUGCCAGUUCCCAUUCUAGUGAAACCCUGCUAACAGUGCUUCAAGGGUUACUCCAAUAAUAAUAUCCAGUAGAGUCCCCUGUUGUGGUUAUGAUGCCAUGAAAACCCUGGCCCGGUUCCCUGGCAGUGGGGUAAACAGUGUAGCAAUAGUUUGGAUUCUUUUCUGGGCCCUGAUGGCAUCCGAGCCUUGUGUUUAGCACUGGUGACACGCUUCCAGUGUCUUCAGAGCUGACUUUUCAGCCAAUGAAUGGCACACUGUGUCUUAUACCUGGUCUGCCUGACCCUCACUGUACCCCAGGGAAGUCACCCAUAUAGCCAGAUAUACACACACAACUGCAGAAGAAGCUUCCCCUAAUUGCAAAUACUAUAAACAGCCCCCACAAACACAACACUGCUGACAACCCACAUUCGUGCACACAGUCCCUCCCCCACACAAUACCACAAUAUGUAGGGUACACACACAAUAUGACAGGCAAAAGCCUGAGUUAAAAUGUAUCUGGCCUCAGAAUUGCAAGGAACUCAGAGCUCCAUCAGCUGAUCUACUGCCCUAAGCAAAAGGUAGCCUUCUGGAGGACCAUAUGAAGACUUAAUCCUGUGUAGCAUGAUUUCAUUAUAUUUUACACACACUGUACUUUUCAUUUCCCACUUUGUAACUGCAACCUGUAUUAGACAUACUUUGUAUAUACUGGGCAUAUUGCAUAUUUUGUCACCUUUAUGUCUUGUCUGUUAUGCUUAAGUUUAGUUUUCUCUCCCUCCAAUGUACCUUUUAACCAAUCUCCCCUGCCUCUGCCUUAUUUUUUCCUUCCUUUAAAGUUCACACUUUUUUGUCUUCUUAAACAACUUCUUCAAGAAUUGCCAUCAUUUAUCGCCCCCCUCCAGAUGUCCUAGACUAUUAAUUGAACACCUUUCUUCCUGGCUACCUCACUUCCUCUCCUCUAGCAUUCCUUACCUUACGUUUAGGGACUUUAAUAUCCCAAUCAACAACCCUAACUGCCCUGAUGUCUCUCGACUGCUCUCUGUAACCUCCUCCUGUGGUCUCACACAAUUGUCGAACACAGCAACUCGUACAGCGAGAAAAACUCUUGACCAAGCGCUGUACUGCCUCUAAUCUCUCCAAUGUUCCAUUUCCAUUUCCCACCAUCUGCUGAACUUUGACAUCGGCAUAACCCAUGGCACAAAAUGCUGGACUGGUUCUGGGACCCAAAACAUUGGAUUAUUCAAGCAAAAACUGGAUAGUUGGCAACUAUGCCCUUAGAAUGUAAACCCAUUUGAGCAGGGCCCACACCACCUUCUAUUCCUGUACUCUGUGUUUAUUAUUCCACCCAUUGAAUUGAACUUAACUUGUUUGGACCACACAAGCAUUCUGCUAAGCUAUGAUUAGUUUUUACCUAGAUUGAGCAGAGCUUGAAGUUGGAACCUUACCUUUCAAUAUAUUUUGCAGAUGUGAGGCUUAGUCAAUUGCUCAUUUUUAUAAUUUGAGCUAGUACAUCUUUAGGCUGAAAUAGUGCUUUGAACGUUUAACUUACUUGCAGUGAACUUUUUCUGUCAUUUUCAGAUUGCAGUUUCAUAGACAUAUUUGGACUUGGCCUCUGAUGCAUUUUUUAAGUGUAUUUGUGUUACAAGUGUCCAAUUGAAUCUGUAUGUCUUCUUUUAAAUAACAGUUAACAUCCACAUUUGAAAACUCAUCUCUUAAGAGUCAGUACACCAAGUGUGAAGUGAUAAACUUAAGGCAAGUAAUAUUUAUUCAAUGAUUGUACAGCAUACGCUAUCAAGAACUAAAAUACUUAUCUAUCAAUUACCGGGAAUUAAAUGUUUGUAUCCAUCACACCUGUUAUAAAAAAAAUAAACUCAUGUAGCUAUCACACCUGUUUCUAAGGAUUAAACAUACAAAUCAAUUAAAUGUAUGUGUAUACCUUCUUUUGUUCACUCCUGUUAAAAGGACACUCUGCACCAGAGGUACCCAAAAUGUAGAUCCACAGAUGUUUUAAAACUACAACUUCCAUGCUGCUGUCCCAUUCUAAAGGCAUUCCAAUCAUCAUCUAAAGGCAUGCAAAGCAUCAAGGGAAUUGUAGUUCUACAACAUCUGGGAAUCUACCUUUUGGGCACCUUUGCUCAAUACCCUGUAACCACAUAAUUUUAUUAAGGGAGUUCCCUGACAUUGUACCUCCACUUAGUGUUAAACUACAGUCUAUCACAGUAGCCCAUUGCAUUAUGAAUUGGUAUGGCUAAGGAAAAGUGUUAUCACUACCUUAGCCAAACCCGGUGGAGACUAGGCUGUAGACAGCAAGAUACCCCCAUUCAGUGUUAAACUGUUCAAAAACAGUACAACAAUGAUUGUAGGGAUGGUGUCAGGUGCCACAACCACCUCAAUGAAAUUAAGUGUUUAUAGUGUUUGAGAGUCCCUUUAACAAUGACUACAUAAUGCAUUUAUUGCAUCUCCUUCCAAAGAUGGCAUAUUUGUAUCUAUGACACCUGCUCCCAACGAACAGACAUAUUUGCCUAUUAUACAUGUUACCAAAACAUAUAAAGCCAUCAAAAAUCAUAGCCAAGUAUGAAAUAUAUUUAGCUAACAAAAUCUGUUACCAGUGAUUAUACUGGCACUGCUUGUGGGGUCUUUGCAUUGGUACCCAAAAUACUAGUUCUUUUAAAGAACCAGCUUUGCCUCUGAUUCCGGUAAUGACACAGGGUAUGCACCAACUUAUGAUCUCAUACUAAAAACCACUGCAGCAAUAAUUUUAAAAUUCCGUAUAAGUAGCAACUAUGAGCAUAAGGGAAGCAGACAGUUCAUUUGGAUUCAGUGUGUCUGAAAAUACAUGAAUAAUAUAAAAUAUGAUGUAAUACAUUGACAAUUUUUAAAGCAAUUUUUAAGGCAUACUUUACUUGUUGUUUUGCAGGCCUGGAAGUGUUAUAGUAGACUUUGUGUUGCAAUUUACGACUACCAACCAGGGGACCACAUUUCCAACAACUGACUUAGUUCAUAAGAUCUUCAUAGAGAACUUUGCAAAUAGCUCUUGGUCUAGUUUCAUGGUUGAUGCAGGCUCAUUUAAUAUCUCAUGUAAGUCAUGUAAAUCCUUCAUUCUCUGUGUGAUGCUAUAGUAUUACUAUUAUAAAUAUUAUUCCUAAAAGUGACAUAGCUUGUGAAUAUACAGGCAUAAAUGUUUCCAAUGACCUAAUAUAAGACACUUAUUGAAAAUAAACUCCUGUAUUGAACAAAUAUAAUACAGUUGCAAGAAAAAGUAUGUGAACCCUUUGGAAUGAUAUGGAUUUCUGCACAAAUUGGUCAUAAAUGUGAUCUGAUCAUCAUCUAAAUGUGAAUGUUUACAUGGUGUGUUCAAUAAAAACAUGGCAACAUUUCAUUCUUUGUGUGUUAUUAGUUUAAGCAGACUGUGAUUGUCUAUUGUUGUGACUUAGAUGAUGAUCAGAUCACAUUUUAUGACCAAUUUGUGCAGAAAUCCAUAUCAUUCCAAAGGGUUCACAUACUUUUCCUUGCAACUGUAUAUUUAUAGACAGUUGAAUGUGCAACCAUUACUAAAAAUAAAUAUAUUCCAUUUUUUAAAUGGAGACAAUUCAAUUGGUCAGUUUUCCUAUAUUACAAUGUGUUCACACACCAAAAGGGUUUGUUGACCAAACACUUAAUUUUGGUGAAUAGGGAGCAGAUCUAGCUAGUUUUAGGUCAACAUGGCUGUAUUGAAAAGUUUUCUUACCUUGUUAUCUGCUCUUCAUUUUGCAAUGUCAGUUUUCAAAUUCAUACAGUUUACCAAUUAGAGAAUGACAAGUGUUAAACUAGUUUUUGAAUGGAUAAUUUUUAAACAAUCAACAAAAUAUAAUCCCACAAAGAGCAACUGCAAUUCUUAUAUUCACGCGUUUUUAAGAGUUAACCCCUGUUGUUGAAUUGAUGCAAUUUAAUGUCCAUAUAUUAAGAUUCAUACAUUGCAGUGUUCCCUUUUCAAAGGAUUUAGAUUUUUUUCACUGCCAUACUAAUUAGGAACACUCCACACUAAACCUCUUGGAAAAAAAAAAAAUCACCAUAUGGUAGAUAUACUCCCCCAAUGAAUACAUACAUGCAUUUCCAAUACAUGUAUUCAUUCAGGGUAUAUCUUAAAAGAGCCUGCAAAAAAUUCCUGCUUGUGCGCACAUGCUUGCACGCGCAUGCUUGAUUGGUUGUGCAUGCGCGCACACUUCACAGCAUUCAGAAAUAACAUUGGCCUGAUCUGAUGUCUGAGAAGGAGGUAUGUAGGGGCAGGCAGGCCCAUUCUAGGAAAGCGCACCUGCCACUUCUGUUAGCUCAUGGGGGCUAACAGAAGAAGGUAGCAAACCUCCCUGGUUGUUUGAUUGACGUUUUAUAAAGUUCCUCUUUAAUGGGAUUCUCCUCACCCAUGGAGCACUUCAGCAAGCUGGUGUGGAGUAGUCUUUUAACUAUAUAUGCCUUGGGAUUUCUUGAAAAGUACAUUCAUUCUGUGGCAAUGUGUAACAAGGGGGAGUAACAAGGUUCAAUUAUAAAAGUGCCAAUUGCAAUUGGAAUAUGUACCUUAAGUAAAAUGAAAAAAAUAAAUACAAAAUAAUAGGACACAGUCUUCAUACAUAAAGCACUUCAACAAUUUUGAACGCUUUAUGUGUUUUAUAGUAAUCCUUUUAACUCGGUUAAUUGAUAGCAGUUCUAUAACUGAUUGCUUUGGCAAAAAUUGCCAUUUUAUUAUAUAAAAUAAAUAUGUAUAUAUUGCAUAUGUAGCCCUCAGCUUUAACCCCUUAAGGACCAAACUUCUGGAAUAAAAGGGAAUCAUGACAUGUCACACAUGUCAUGUGUCCUUAAGGGGUUAACAGCUUUUUUCCUCCCAUCUGUGUGACUCAUCGUUAUGAUUCCUCUUUCAGCUAUAUCUGGAAGCGAUGCUUAUAAUCUUCUAAAUAACGGUAAGUUGUUUCUUUUUUUAUUGUACGUUAAAUUGCACAAGAUUAUUUGGUUGAAAAUGUGUUGUGUUGAAAGGCAUUGUAGUAGCUUUCGGUAUUCUAUAGUAUUCCUUUAACUGUUUAACGGUUCUCCUAUUGAUUGCUUUGUCAAAAAUUGCCACUUUGUCAUAAGAAAUAUUUGUAUUUCUUAUAAUAGAAUCUAGCCCUGAGCUUUAAAAGCUUUAUUUUCCAUCUGUGUGACUCAUCGUUUUGAUUCCUCUUUCAGUUAUCUCUGCUACCGCUGGUUAUAAUAAUGGUAAGUUAUUUAUUUUUUCAAUUUAUAAUACAUUGUAAAAGAUCAUUUAUGUGAAAAAUGUGUCGUGUUGAAAGGCAUUGUGAGUAUUGUGUAGCUGAAUGCUAUAUUCAAUAUUAUUGUUAGGUUUAUUUGUCAAUGUUUAGCACUGAUUUGUGAAGCAGCACUGCACGUGUCUCUGCAGGCACUGAAGGGUUAAAAUAAGUGCCUUUCUGUCACGGAUUAUAACCUUAACACGCAGAGUUUAGUAUAGCAAGGAACGGACAAAGGAAAUAUAAACAUGUCACCGGGCCUUAGAGUGGCCGGACUAAAUGUUUGAUAGAGGAAAGAGCAGUCGAAAAUACAAGUCAAAGUCAGGGUAACGGAGAGACAGUGAAAACGAGAACUAGCCAUAGUCAGUUACAUGGUAACAAUCAGAAGGGAAAACAAGAUAGGCAAGGGUUAAAAGAGAGUCAGGAAACAAAGCCAAGGUCAAUACCAGAAUACAAUACUAUAUCACAAGGCACACACUAAUGGGUACAGAAACCACAAUAUGGCACAAAAUCUAGGGCCAGGUAAGUUUAAAUAUGUUUAGGUUUAAUUUGAUUGGUCCAAAUCAUGCCUGCGCUCCAAAACGUGCGUGAAUGGGGGCGCCAAAAUUAAGUGGGCCAAUUGGAGCCAACCGCAAGGUUAGGCUCCCAUUUCCCCUUUAAAAACAUGCUCAUAACGCUAAUACUAAUACUGUACGCAGUGGCGUACACAUGACCCAUGGGACCCCGGUGCGAAAAUUGAUCCGUGGCCCCCCCGCGCGCUUACUCGGCGCGGGUUGGGGCCGCAACACAUGGCGGCAGGCACCUGGUCGCAGGGCUGCGACCCCGCGACCGCGGUAUGCAAAUACACUUAAAGGACCACUACAGACACCCAGAUCACAUCAGCUCAAUGAAGUGGUCUGGGUGCCAGGUCCCUCUAGUUCUAACCCUGCAGCUGAAAACAUAGCCGUUUCAGAGAAACGGCUAUGUUUCACUGAGGGUUAAUCCAGCCUCUGGUGGCUGUCUCAUUGACAGCUGCUAGAGGAGCUUCCGCGAUUCUCACUGUGAAAGUCACAGUGAGAAGACACUCAACGUCCAUAGGAAAGCAUUGAGUAAUGCUUUCCUCUAGGCGGUUUAAAUGCUUGCGUGCGCCUCUUGCCGCGCAUGUGCAUUCGGAGCUGAGAGGCGGAGGGAUCCCCAGCGCCAAGGGAGUCCGACGCUGGAGAAAGGUAAAUGCUGAAGACACACACACUCUCACGAACAGACGCAUACACACUAGCUAACAGACACACACAUUUACUGACAGAGACACACUCAGCGACAGACAUACAUACACACUAACUUACAAAACAUACACUUUCACUGACAAACACACACUCACUAACAGACAUCAAACACACUCAGUAACACACUCACUAGCAGAAACACACCCAAUAACAGACACACUCACACUAACACAAACAAACAAACACACUAACACACAAACACACACUAACACAAACAAACACACUAACACAAACACACACUAACACACAAACACACACACUAACACACACACACACACACUAACACACACUAACACACACACACACUUACACACACACAAAUAAAUUUCUUUUUUAAAUUUAAUCCCCCCAGCCUCCUUACCUUUUGGAGUGCUGGGGGGAUUCCCUAGGGUCCAGUGGUGGUGCUGCUGGGCUCCUGGGGCUCCUGGGUGACCGGCGCGCGAGGGAGCACUCUGCUCUGAGUGCUUCCUCUUCCGCUCCCUUGCGCACCGCACUGAUACCGGAACCGGAAGAUGACGUCAUCUUCCGGCUCCGGCAUCCCUAUGCGGCGCGCGAGGGAGCGGAAGAGGAAGCACUCAGAGCAGAGUGCUCCCUCGCGAGCCCUCCUGCCUGCCUGCCCGGUGUCAGCAGGGCCAGCCUCGGGGGGCCCUGAGGUGGCCGGCUCCUGGGCCCCCCAGGAGAAGAGGCUGGCCCUGUGGGUACAUACGACCCUGGUAUGUACGCCACUGACUGUACGGGCUGCGCACCUGACCAGACUGUUCGGCGCGCAGCCCGCCAGGAGUGUUCGAGCAGCAUGCAACUCGUCUGGAGACAGGAGUGCUCGAGCCGAUUGUGGCUCCAUCAGAGGACCCCUGCCGGCACACGGACCGUUUAAGUACCGUUACACUUUUAGAGAUGUACUUAGGUUACAUGGCAUCCAGGGUGGAAAUGUAUUUUGGCACCUGGUACCCCUCCUGUGCUGUAUAAGUUUGUUUGUGUCUCAGCACCCCAGCCCCGUUUUAGGGAAAUUACAUGCAAAUACACCCAUUCAUCUCACAUACACUUACAUUCGCAUACAGAUAUGCAUUCUUAUAUACGUACAGGGACAUGCACAUUAAUACAUAUACACUCAGACUCAUCAACACACACGGACACAUAUACACACACAGACUUUGUUAUUUCAUUACUAAUUUCUGCAUAAUAUAGUGGUAAACUUUAUUAAUUUGUAUUCUGCAGAGUACAGCAAUACUCCACAUAAGUAA